AUGAUCAAGGGUUACACGCCCAUCACACAGGCCCUGCUGGGCACCUUGUUCACCUGGGGGCUUACUGCUGCCGGUGCUGCUGUUGUUGUCGUCAUACAAGGCAAACAGAGAAAAUUGCUGGACGUCAGCUUGGGAUUCGCAGCAGGCGUGAUGGUAGCUGCGAGUUACUGGUCCCUGUUAGCGCCAGCGAUAGAAAUGGCAGAGGAGAGCAAGCUUUACGGUGAAAAUGGUGAAUUUGCAUUUGUACCAGUCGCCGUUGGAUUUUUGAUCGGCGCAGCGUUUGUUUAUGGAACCGAUUUGUUGAUAUCCUCGCUGGGAAUUCAGUCCCCAAAUGUGCUAUUAGCAAUGCAGUCAGUGGGUACGAAACAAAGACGCAAAAACCUUCGGAUGUAUGAUGAAAGAAAAGUUAAAAGUGACGAGGAUUUAGACACUAUUAAUAAUGUAAUUAGUGGCGUACAAAUAACCAGUGGCAAUAUUUAUUAUGAGUCCACCACUAUCGAUGGUUUUUACGAGCAAAACACCCGCCGGAGGAUACCUGAGUCAACUUCCCGGAGUUCUGAGAUAACCGAGCAGGGCUCUGUCUACGAAGAUCCUGGGAUUGAAGCUAAAAACAACCAAUGGAGACGCAUUCUUCUGCUAGUCGUUGCUAUUACAGUACAUAAUAUCCCAGAAGGACUGGCAGUAGGUGUUGGUUUCGGUGCGGUAGGCAGCAGUGCAUCAGCGACGUUUGAAAAUGCACGGUGA